AUGAAGGAGAUCUUUUCGAAGAAGAGAAAAAUAGAAGACUAUGAGACAGUGGCAUUGACCGAGGGUUGUAGCGCCAUAUUGCAGAAGAAACUUCCUCCCAAACUCAGAGAUCCUGGGAGUUUCACCAUUUCUUGCACCAUCGGGAGAAUAGAAGGAAUAAAUCCAUUGUGUGACCUAGGAGCUAGCAUUAACUUAAUGUCUUUGUCAGUUUUUAGAAGAUUGCAGUUGGGUGAGGCGAAGCCAACUACAGUAACCUUGCAACUGGCUGAUCGAUCACUAGCUCAUCCAAGGGGAGUCAUUGAGGAUGUAUUAGUAAAAGUUGAUAAGUCCAUCUUCCCAGCUGACUUUAUUGUUCUAAACAUGGAAGAAGAUAGUAAUGUCCCAAUUAUUCUCGGGAGACCAUUCUUGGCAACUGGUCAAGCACUGAUUGAUGUUCAGAAGGGUGAAUUGAAGCUGCGAGUGCAAGGGGAAGAAGUGGUCUUCAAUGUACUAAAGGUGGUCACUUUUCCAAAGGCAAGUGAUAACUGUUUCUUUGUUGAUCUGAUUGAGACUAUUGUGGAGAAGAAAAAGUUGAUAGAAGAUCCCUUAGAAUUGAGUUUAACCGAGGAUGAGUUAACUGAGCAAGAAGGAAUGGAGGCAAUGGAGUAUGCCAAAUGGCUCGACUCUUAUGGGCCAUUGAAUAGGAAGUAUUAUGAAGAAUUGGGAGUUGUGCCAAAGGAGCCUGUACCAUCAACAGUGUAA